AAUGAGUAUUAAAACCAAUAGCCCAACUCAGUUGGAAGUUCUGUUUUGAUGUCAAACAUCUUUAGCGAUUCUUUCAUUGAUGCUUAAGUGGGUUGUUUAUAGUCUCUUGAAGGAUUAGUAUUACUUUAUAUUCUUCAAUUUGUGUACUCAAGUGAUGUGCCUGUUUAAGCUGCUUGAGUUGGUGUUUUAGUUUAUUGUACUAGUUUCGAGUGAGUUGUAGAUUCUUAGAUUCAAGUGGGAUAUGAUCAAUGAAAGAUUCAAGUAUUGGUUGUGUUUGUGGUCCAAAUGCGUUUCUAAUGAUUUAUGUCUCUCUUUAUCUGAAUUCAUCUUCAUUUUUACUCUUCUGAUUUUCUGCUGCAGACAUCAAGUUUUCAAAUCCUAGAAUAGUCUGUUUAGUUUAACAACACAUUUGCUUCAUUUCCUGUUGUAGUUAUGGUAAGCGAAUUAGUAGCUAAAGUUUAGGUAUAUCUUCGUUUAAACUUUAGCCUGAGUGAUACAACACAACAGAGAUGGAGACAAGGGUAUUGCCGCUUACUUGCACAUUGCUUCCGUUUUCACUUAUGCCAUGCUCUUCAACCUAUCCAAGUCUUUGGCCCUCACCUUUAAGACCCGCAUAUGCACCUGGCACAGUUUUAAGGAGGAGCGUGAAAAAGGAUGAGCCAAUAUUAGAAGGUCUUCCGAAAGAAUACUAUGAUGAUGAAUGGCAAGCUCAACAGAGGGAGAAAACAAAGGAGUUACAUCGAAGACGUCAAGAGGAAGAUGAAGAGGAGGAGAGAAAGAUUGAAGAGUAUCGUGAGAUUGGCAUGAGGUUGAAGGAUUAUCCAGAAGAUGAAGUUCGGAAAGCUCGGAAAUUGAUUUCUAGCUUUAUUAGAGCGGCUGAAGAAGUGGAAGAGAAAAUUGAAGAAGCUGGUGAGAAAGGGGAACUGACUGAACUUGUUUUGAUGGUCAUAUGGAAUCGCCUUGACCUCGCCCGACGGGAUGAUGAAAAGGAUGUUAUUAGAAGUCUUGAUUUGCUCUAUAGAAGGAUUGAGGCUGAGAUUCUGAAACAGGAGGCCUCACCUGCCAUGCGAUUGCUCAACGAUCUUUUAAAUAUGCAUGAUGGUUUUGAUGAUGAAGCGUGGCAGAAGGAAUGUAAAAAGUGCAUGAUUGAUACAUUUCCACGCGAGGAUCCAUUUAGCAUUUUAGUCCCAGAUGGAUUUGACCUUGAUAAGCAUGAAGGACCUCUUCGGCUACCACUUGAAGUUGAUGACGCUCUAUUGAGGGUAGACUUUGUAAGAGAGGUUGAUGCACUGCUGCAAGAGGUCUGGGCUGUGCAAAGCGAGGUACAAAUUACACAAGAGCUUGAUCCUGAAUCCAUUGCAAGUAGAUUGAAGCAGCAGGAGAAGCAACGUGCCAUCCGGCUGGUAGAAACUAUACUAAACCUGGCCAUUGAUUUAAAAUGGUAGCAACUUACUGUCUAUUACAGGAGGGAGUUGUUGCGAAUGCAACAUGAGGAACUCUUAGACACAGCUGCCCUUAUACAGCAGCGCUCAGAAUGAUGUGAGCCCCACGCUGAGAGGUGGAUAGCGGCCGACACCAUAGAUUUUCUCUUCCAACCCUUUGCGAUGGUACCACUCUUCAGCCACUUUCAGGACUCCUCACUAUUGGUAGGUAUUGGAGUUAUUUGUCAAGUAGUAGAGAAAAAUGUUGAAGAUAGUUUCUGAAUUCUUGGCAUGGUAAUAUUUCAUAUCAGAAGCAUAUAUACAAAAGCACAGCAGAUGGCAAUGCAGUUCUAUUGCAACCCUGUAUUCUAAAACGUUGUUGAAUGAAUCAAAACAACAGAAUUAAGCCUU